UCUACUACGUGACAGCGAUCAACUUUCAAAGCACGUGUAUUUGUUGCCCUUUGAUAUCCACUUCCGUCUUUGCGCCGUACUUCUCUGACGUCACUUCUUGUGUUCAUCAAGUUACUGGCCAACUUGACAUCCAUUCGGGUUACAAAAAAGAACAGUCUCUACCCAAUCCCUUCUAGAAAUCAGGCCAUGCCCCUUUUUGGGAAAUCCCAGAAGAGCCCUCAGGAAUUAGUGAGGUCCCUGAAGGAGGCUCUAGGGGCUGUUGUCAAGGCCCAGGCUGGGGAAAAGAAAGCUGAUAAGGCUACAGAGGAUGUUUCAAAGAACUUGUCGGCCAUUAAGACCAUUCUGUAUGGAGCUGGUGACCAGGAGCCUCAGUCUGAGCUCGUGGCGCAACUCUCACAGGAAAUGUACAACACACACAUGUUACCGACUCUAGUCCAGCAACUUCACCGUAUAGACUUUGAGGGCAGAAAAGAUGUUGUUUCCAUUUUUAACAACCUGCUCCGACGUCAGAUUGGUACUCGUACUCCCACGGUGGAAUACAUCGUCACUAAACAAGAAAUUUUGUUUGAUCUUAUGAAGGGAUAUGAGAACCAGGAGAUUGCUUUAAACUGUGGAUUGAUGCUGCGAGAGUGUUGUCGAUACGAAGCCCUGGCCAAAAUCAUGCUGUUUUCUCCCGAAUUCUACAGUUUCUUUGAUUAUGUGGAGGUCUCAACUUUUGAUAUAGCCUCAGAUGCAUUUUCAACAUUCAAGGAGCUGCUUGUGAAGCACAAAAUGCAGUCAGCUGAGUUCCUGGAGAAAAACUAUGAGAAGGUUUUCACAUCCUACCAGAGACUGCUCAACUCAGAAAACUAUGUCACCAGGCGACAAGCUCUAAAGUUACUUGGAGAACUCCUGCUUGAUCGUCAUAAUUUCAUGACCAUGACGAGAUACAUUAGCAAUCCAGAUAACUUGAAGUUAAUGAUGACCAUGUUAAGAGAAAAGAGUCGCAAUAUACAGUUUGAAGCCUUCCAUGUCUUUAAGGUUUUUGUAGCAAAUCCAAACAAACCCAAGCCCAUUCUCGACAUUCUAUUACGAAACAAAGAAAAACUUGUGGACUUUUUAACCAAAUUUCACACAGAAAGAUCAGAUGAUGAACAAUUUAACGAUGAGAAAGCAUAUCUUAUAAAACAGAUAAAAGAACUAAAGUCAGCAGAUGAGGCGUCAUAGUAAUGGCGACUUCUAGUUGCCAUGGUUUCCAGUUCCAACACGUGUCACUAUAUAGGAAUAUACAUGUAUACCCGAAGACACCAGCUGAGGUUUUGCACAAUUUCAUAACUUCAUGUGGGAUUUAUAAAAUUUGAAAGAUGAUUUGCUUUGCCAUGGGCCUGUAUACAUACGAACAUCAUGCAUGAAGGAAUGUGUUUCAUUUCUUAUCACCCAAAAGUGUUUCUGGAGAGGAAAUGAUUUUGGAGUGCUAGAACUUUGGUGCCAAGAUGUUCCAUCAUAUUAAAGUUAUUAGACUAUCUUGCUUGUUAUUAGUAUGCAGUGUUUCCACAUUAAUCCAGAUGUCAGCCAUGCAAACACUUUACCUUGUGAGACGAUUUAUGAGGAACUUACUUUUUACACAUACAUGUAUCUAACUGGCAUGAUGAGUCCAGAAAAUUUUCGUUUUUAUACAAAAAGUAAAAUUUUAUGCAAAAGUGUCUUGCUGUGUAGACAGUACUGGUAAAAAAAAAAUUAUAUUUUUUCAAAAUUAUCAAACUUUUCUGCAGUUCCUCUAUAAUUCAAUGACUAUUUGAUGCAAGCUUGAUAUGUGUUAUUAUUGUUUUCAGCUUGUUGCUGUAAUUUUAUGACAUAUUUUGACACAGAUCAUGAAUUAGUACAGAUACCACUUAGGUGCCAAGACAUGCAGCAGCAUUUGAAAUUCUAUGCAUGGAUUUAAAUUAUUUGAACUCAAAACAAAGGGAAGGAAAUCCGUGUUAUCCUUUUCAAAUUGCUGCAAAGAAACACUGUUGUAAUUAAUUAGACAUUGAUUUUAAAGCAAGGGUGUAAAUUGUUAAUGCUUUUUGUGGGUCAAGCAAACAGCAGUACUGUCCAUCAUUAUGAAAUAUUGUUGAUGUAUGUACAGCAGUUUACCUUCAGUUUUUUUUAUCAAUGUCGCUUUUUUAGGUUAAACUAUUCAGAGUUAACACAAUGCAUGUACUCUUUAUUAAUCUGUAUGUAAGUCAUGUGGGAAUAAUGAUUUAAAUUUAAACAAUAUGGCAUUAAUGAUUACAUAAGGAAAGAACGGGAUAGAGAUACGAGAAUUUUAUAUUUAUUAAGAUUGUUGUCACUGAUCGUAUAUGCAUAGAUCUGAAGUUCACCUGACUAUUUGUCCAUCAGUUGUAAUGUUAUGAAUACAAAAGGCUAGAGGUCAUUUUUACGAUCAAGUCAUAGAACUGAUAUCAAAUUUCAUAAACACUUGUAAUUUCAUUAUUAUUCAUUGCAUGCAGAAAGAAAGUAUGUAUAUUUGGGAUAAAACUUGUUCAAUUUUUUAAAGACUGGGAAGAUAAUUUUUAUCUUUAAUUAUCCUCUUCUUUGAGGAGAUGUGCCAUGAAUUUAAAACAUACCUAGCUUGGUUUGGAUUUUUAUUUGAAUAACCGUAAAAUUAAAUAAAAUAUAAUUUUAUCAUUAUUAUUAAAUUAAAUAGCAUAAAAACUUGUUGAGGAAAUGAGCGGUUUUUUCCCCCCUUUUAAUUAAUAGUGUUUAUAACUAUAAAAUUGCUGGCAUGGACUUUGUAUGAUUUCAUUUUUUAAAUCUGAAAUUUUGUCUGGAUUAAUGAGGUAGCACUGUAUGUACCUUUAUUUUGUUUUUGAGAAAAUCUGUUUUUGUAUAUUUAUAGCUUGUGAAAUAUUUAUACAAAUACGCACCGGUCACAGUAGCUCAGUGGUAGAGCGUUCACUUUGUAACAGCGAGGUUAUGGGUUCGAGCCCUGCUCGUGCCAUCGCUGCAUUAAACCUAAGACAUAACCAUAGGUAGUGAUUGCUCCUUUGCCAAAUUCUUAGCAUUUAGAAGUGAGAAUCAUGGGUCUUUUGGAUAUGACCUUUAAGACAGGUCUCGUGUCGCAGAAGGCAUUGGCAUAAGUAUAGGUCUAAAUGUGAGGUACUUCACUUACAACUGGUGACCUCUAAUUAUGAGUGAAAAAUUCUGGAUGGGACAUAAAACAAACAUAUUCACUCAGUGUUGAUUGUAAACCACCAACCAAUUACACAAAUAUUCAAGUAAAAAUUAACAAUCUGUCGGUAACAAUGUUUUUAUUAGAAAUUGCAUAAACAUGAUAAUAUGAAAGCAGCUCGAUUGCUUUUGUGCAUACAUGUACCCAGUAGGUGCAUCAAAAUAAUGUUUUUCAUAGGUAAAAAGACCACACCAAUCUAAUAUGCAUUGAGUAUUGUUUUUUCAAUACUGUACUAAGAACAAUUUUGAUCUUCGGCAAGAAUAUUGAACACUGCUAACAGGCUUCCUAAUUGUAAGCAAGAACUCCUUAAUUAUUGUGAUGUGAUAAUUUUAUGUUGUUCUUACUAUUUCUUCAUCCCCCCCACCCAAAUGAAAUCAACAUGUGCUGCAUGCAGGUACAAUAUCAGUUGUACAUUACUGCAAGUCAAAUUUUGUUUGGAAAAUGAAUCAAAUUGUGUUUGUAUUCAGUUUGGUUGCUGGUUGACAGCAAUUCAAAUAAUGCAAAAUUAAAGGGGUGGAUAGAAUGUUAUUUUAAUAUAUAUACAUAUACAUGGCGUCUAAUGCAAUGAAGUGUAGAAAUGUGAAUCUGACUUCCCCUGCCCGUAGCAUUCUGACAGAGAGGCAAAGGAAAUGCAAAAGCUAUAGUUCUUAUAUUGUUUCAGGCGAGAAACGGGUUCAUUUUUCUGAGGUCUUUGUAACUGGACCAGAUGUAUACUUUUGUAUGAGUAGAUAGUUCAACAAUAAGUAACAGUCUGUAUUUAAUUCCAUUAUGUAUUACUCACCACAGUAUAAUUUUGUUUUUCUUUAUUUGCUAUAUCUAAUGCUUUGUACAUUAGGUAGAGGUUUAAAACACCUGGAAGUGUGACUUGUUGUGAUUGGUGUAAUGGUUUUCAAAAAUGUUCUGUAAAAUUCAUUGUUAAGAUUUAAAGUCUUGGACUUCAAAAUUAUUUAGUUAAAAAUUAAGAAUGAAUUGUUGAACCUGCUGUCCAGUGACACCCCCCCCCCCCCCCCAAUAACAUUUCUGCCCCCUCAAAAUCUUCUAUUCUCCAUUAUGCAUACCAGUACACUAUGCACACUCAUUAGGUGAUUGAAAAAAUAUUUUUCUCACAGAUUUGAUUGUAAAUUGUGAACUGAUAUGAUAAUCAAGAUUUUAUUUCCCCAAAGAAAUUCCAAUGUUGACAAAUGCAUUUUUCCAUGAGACAUUCUAUCAGCUUUUAAAAGAUGUUUUCAGUAUAUUGAUGACUGAUUGUUUACCAUAAUAUGAUUUCUAUGUUUUGCUUUUUGGUUUAAUUUUCAUUCGUAUUAGAUAAUGUAUUUUUGAACGUUCCAACAUUCAUGUCCAUAUAUUGUUAGUAGAUACACAUUUUGUUGUGAAUAUGUGUGGGGGUUGUCAUCAGACUUCAGAUGCAUAAUGGGAUUAUUGUGAUGUUGGGUAUGUAAAUUGUACUUGUUAAAAUGUAUCAGAAAUAAAAACAGGAAAACACAACAAUAUGUAACUGACAGUUUUAAUGCAGAUACAGCUUAAUUUAUAUGUAAUAAAUCCGUGCUUUUGUGCAAUUGAUUAUGGUUGCUUGUUAGAAUAUUUUAAUUGAGAUUAAAUUACAGAUACUGUACCUGAGAACAAAUUGUAUUAAAAUUAAGGUCAUUUCUGACAAAAAUGGCUUUGAGAUACUGUAUGUUCAGCUUAAUCUUUUGACACAAACCUUUUCAAUUUUGUCAACUUACUUUAAAAUGUCCAGUUUAGCUUACUCAUUUUUCUUGCAAUAUUAAGGAAUAUAAAUUUGAAUUGAUCAGUAUAUACUAUGUUGAAAUAAGUCUGUUAUAAAUAUUUUAAGUAAAAA